CAACGCACGGGUGAAAUACUAGUUUAUGUUAAAUAUCGAUUAGGGUUUAUUAAGAAAUCAAAUAUGGUUUAACAAACAGCCCCUAUAAUAAAAGUCAAAAAAUCAUGAAAUCAUAGUGCAUUUGCAUUACCGCUUCGAGGCGCUCAGUCCACACACACACACUACACGCACUAACAUUUUAUUUAUACAUACACAAUUAUAUAUAUUAUAUACACACACGCAAAUCUUCGUUCCCCUUCUCUCUCAAUCUUCCCUCUAUUUAAUCACUCUCUCUCUCUCUCUCUCUCUCUCUUCUUUCGCAGAAUUUCUCAUUCACCCAAGUUUCGCACAGUUGAAUUGAAACCAAGCCAAUCCACGAAAAUCACUACUUUAAUUUUUACAGAACGUCGGUAUAUACAUACAUACAUAUAUACAUAUGUAUACCGCCAUUCAAUUGUAAUUAGAAGGAAAAAAACACGCGCACGGAAAAAUGGAGAAAAGCAGCGGAGGGUUUGUGAGAGCAGAUCAGAUCGAUUUGAAAAGCUUGGACGAGCAGCUCGAGAGGCACUUGAGCAGGGUACGGACUAUGGAGAAGAAUCCAGAAGAUUUCUCCAACACCGCCGCCGCCGCUGCGGCCACCUCAACCGUCGGAAGGCGGAGGCACGAGUGGGAGAUUGAUCCCUCUAAGUUGAUCAUUAAGAGCGUGAUUGCGCGUGGCACCUUCGGGACAGUCCACCGCGGCGUCUACGACGGCCAGGAUGUCGCCGUUAAACUGCUGGAUUGGGGGGAAGAAGGACACAGAUCAGAAGCUGAAAUAGCGUAUCUAAGAUCAUCCUUUACUCAAGAGGUUAUCGUGUGGCAUAAACUCGAUCAUCCUAACGUAACAAAGUUUAUCGGAGCAACAAUGGGGUCCGCUGAACUUAACAUUCAAACCGAAAAUGGCCACAUAGGCAUGCCUAGUAAUAUAUGUUGUGUUGUAGUGGAAUAUCUUCCGGGAGGUGCCUUGAAAUCUUACCUCAUCAAGAAUCGGAGAAAGAAGCUAGCUUUUAAGGUUGUUCUGCAGAUAGCACUUGAUCUUGCUAGAGGACUAAGCUAUCUUCAUUCGCAGAAAAUCGUUCACAGAGAUGUUAAAACGGAAAAUAUGCUUUUAGACAAGACACGAACGGUUAAGAUAGCCGAUUUCGGUGUUGCUCGUGUUGAGGCCUCGAAUCCUAAUGACAUGACUGGGGAGACUGGCACCCUCGGUUAUAUGGCUCCCGAGGUUCUCAACGGCCACCCUUAUAACAGGAAAUGCGAUGUGUACAGUUUCGGAAUCUGUUUAUGGGAGAUAUAUUGUUGCGACAUGCCAUAUCCCGAUCUCAGCUUCUCCGAGGUGACAUCAGCAGUCGUUCGCCAGAAUUUGAGGCCCGAAAUACCUAGAUGCUGCCCGAGCUCACUUGCUAACGUGAUGAAGAGAUGUUGGGACGCAAAUCCUGACAGGAGACCAGAAAUGGACGAGGUGGUUACGUUGUUAGAAGCCAUCGACACUACGAAAGGUGGAGGGAUGAUAGCCAUUGAUCAGCAACAAGGUUGUCUUUCACCGUAA